CACUCCCCGCUAUGACGUGACAGAGACCAUGUCGAAGAGCUGGGCAUCGACGCUACGGCUGCCCAAGUCGACAUUUCCACCACGUCCUCUCCAGCAGAACCGGGAGGAGUACAUCCAACAAUGCGCCGAUGAUCUCUACAAGUGGCAGGCGGCCAAUCGCCCUGCCGAAGAUGAAUUUGUUUUGCACGAUGGGCCGCCCUACGCCAAUGGCAAAUUGCACGCCGGGCAUGCCCUAAACAAAAUCCUCAAGGACAUGAUCCUACGCUUUAAGGUCCAGCAAGGCCGCCGCGUCUCGUACAUACCCGGCUGGGACUGCCACGGCCUCCCGAUCGAGCUCCAGGCGGUCGGCCCCAAGGCGGACGACCGCAUGUCGGCGGGGGCCAUCCGCAAGGCCGCGCGCAAGCUCGCCACCAAGACGGUCGCCAGCCAGAUGAAGAGCUUCCGCACCUACGCCGUCAUGGGCGACUGGGACGCCCACUGGACCACCAUGGACAUGGCCUACGAGAUCCGCCAGCUGCGCCUGUUCCGCCAGAUGGCCCGCCGCGGCCUGGUGUACCGCAAGUACAAGCCCGUCUACUGGUCGCCGUCGUCCGGCACCGCCCUCGCCGAGGCCGAGCUGGAGUACAAUGACGCUCACGUGUCAACGGCGGCGUUCGUGCGCUUUCGGGUGGUCAGUGGUUAUCACGAGAUGCCGGGGUUGGAAGACAUUUCGGGGAACUUGUAUGCGGUGAUAUGGACGACGACGCCGUGGACGCUGCCUGCGAAUCAGGCGAUCGCGAUUAAUGAGGAGUUGCAGUACCAUGUCGUGAGGGCCGGUGCAGACGCGUAUUUGGUGGCGGAGAACUGCUUGGAGCGAGUCGCGAAGCUGUUAGGGGAGGAAACCCCCGAGUUCCUUGGCACGUUCAGCGGCAGCCAGCUAACGCAAUUGCGGUACAUCAACCGACUUCGUGGGGAGUCGGCCGAGGCUCAGCCAUUCAUGCACGGCUCGUUCGUAACGGACGGUUCGGGAAGUGGUCUUGUUCAUUGCGCGCCAGGCCACGGGUUCGACGACUACUUGGCCUGCCGCUCUCUCGGGGUCACGGUCUCUGCGCCGGUGGACGAUGGCGGUUUGUUCACCGAGGAGGCCUAUCCUCCUGAGCCUGAUCGUCUGAGGGGCAUCUCGGUCCACGGCGGUGGCAAUGAGGCUGUAAUCGAGAUCCUUGGAGACGAUGUCAUGGAUGUCCACGACUACCAGCACAAGUACCCCUACGACUGGCGCACCAAGAAGCCUAUCAUCAUCAGGGCCACAGCCCAGUGGUUUGCUGACGUCGAUACCAUCAAGGAAGAUGCGCUGGGAGCAAUCGACCAAGUGCAGUUUGUGCCCGAGAACGGAAAGAACAGGCUCGAGGCGUUCAUCAAAGGCCGCAGCGAAUGGUGCAUCUCGAGACAACGUGCCUGGGGCGUGCCAAUACCCGCAUUGUACGAGCUGAAUGGUGACGCCGUGAUGAGCGACGAAGUUAUCGACCACAUAAUCUCAGUCAUUCAGGAGCGGGGGACAGAUGCCUGGUGGACGGAUGCCCCAGACGACCCGGCAUGGAUUCCCGAGUCGCUUCGGGGAAAAGGGGAGUACUCGCGUGGGCGAGAUACCAUGGAUGUUUGGUUCGACAGCGGCACCAGUUGGACGAUGAUGGACAAGCAAGCUGACUUGUAUCUCGAGGGCUCUGACCAGCACCGCGGCUGGUUCCAGUCAAGCCUGCUCACUCGCGUGGCUGCCACGGCCGACCACAGCGCAAAGUCUACGACCAAUACACUCGGCCUGUCGCCCUUCAAGACCCUCAUUACACACGGCUUUACCCUUGACAAGAAGGGAAAAAAGAUGUCCAAAUCGCUUGGCAACACUAUCUCGGCCGACGAGGUCAUGAACGGCUCGCUCGUCCCGCCCCUCAAAUUCAAAAAGCAAAAACCCAAUUCACCUCCCAUCAAGGAAGCUCUCGGGCCCGACGCCCUCCGGCUCUGGGUCGCCGGCAGCGAUUACACGCGCGACAUCGUCCUCGGCGAGACCGUGCUCCAGUCAGUGCACCAAGCGCUGCUCAAGUACCGCACCACCAUCAAGAUGCUCACAGGGUCGAUGCACCGUUCGGCACGCACCGCGCCGCUCACGGCCGUCGACCAGAUCGCGCUCCUCCAGCUGCGCGACGUCAUGGCCGAGGCGGGCCGGCACUACGACGCGCACGAGUUCAACAAGGCCGUCGGCGCCCUCAACCGCUGGAUCACCAACGACCUGUCGGCCUUCUACCUCGAGGCCCUCAAGGACCGCCUCUACUGCGCCGACGGCGGCGGCGUCCUCGAGCCCCUCUUCCUCGGCCUCCUGCGCAUGCUCGCCCCCGUCACCCCCGUCCUGGUCGAGGAGGCCUGGGCCCACCGCCCGCAGUGGCUAAGGGAGGACGAAUCGGUCGUGCAUCCGCUGCGUCAGCUCUAUGAUGCGCCGCUCGUGGAGGAGAGUCGGCUUACCCUUGCCGAGGCGGAGCUGAGGGAGGCCGUGCCGGUGCUGAUGCGGACGCACGCCGCGAUCAAGGCGGCGGCGGAGCCGGCUAGGGGCGAUAAGGUACUCGGCUCGUCGCUGCAGUGUGAUGUGGUGCUGGAGGUGCCCGAGGGGAAGGCACUGCAGACCCUCGAGAGGUUCCAAGAGGAGUUGGAGGCCAUGUUUGUGGUGUCGUCCGUCGAGCUUAAUGGGUCGGUCCCAGAGGAUGCGCAGUGGAAGUACUGUGAGGAGUUUGAGCUGGGCGGGGAAAAGUGCAAGGCGUGGGUGCUCCCGCCCAAGCAGGCCAAGUGCCCGCGGUGCUGGAGGUAUGUUGCGCCCAAGGAGGAUGAGCUGUGCGGGAGAUGUGAGGACGUUGUGGGCGAGGCUGUAGAGUAGGUGUAUUAUAUGUGAAACAUAGAGGCAUAUAGAUGCACUAGACGGUUGCAAUGAAGACUAUAUCCUGUAUCAUCAUCACAAUCGGGAAUAUCCCAGUUUCUC